CCUUCGUCCCGGAGCUCACGUUCAGCGGAGCCAAAUCCCCUGGGAGCAGCGGGGGGGAGGACGCUCUCAUUAUCCGGCUCUUGCCGUGUCGGAGGCAGCUGGACGGGCCGUGCAUUAAUAGAUUACACAGAGGAUUUGGGCUUGCUGACAGCGAGGGCAGCGCUAGCGGGAGGCGAGGCCAGCGCAGCUUGCCGAGCCGGCGGGGACGGACGCAGCCCCCGCUCCUGCUAACACCUUUUCCAGCCGAGCCCCUGCCACUGCCGUGCCGAGCCCCCGCCGAGCCCAGGUGCCAUGGACGAGUGGGACCUGCCGCAGUGGAAGAAGGAGGUGGAGAGCCUCAAGUACCAGCUGGCCUACAAGCGGGAGAUGUCCUCCAAGACGAUACCCGAGUUUGUGAAGUGGAUCGAGGACGGCAUCCCAGAAGAUCCCUUCCUGAACCCGGAGCUGAUGAAGAACAACCCCUGGGUGGAGAAGGGGAAGUGCAGCAUCCUCUGAGGGCCGCGGGCCGGCAGCGGCUCAGGCCUGCCGGGCGCCCGGCCUAACGGUGAAUGUACACUUUUUUAUUAGGUAGCUUCCGAAUACGACUAACUGAAAAACCCUACCCUCAUCUUGUCUUUUUAUUUUUAGUAGUAAAAGCGUUUUCUUUUUUAUAUGGGGUGCCUGGGAAAACAGACACGGGGUGGGCAAGGUGGCCGAGAGGUGUGGGUCGAAGCAGAGGGGUACAGGAGGAGUGAAAGUUUCUCUGGGAGGCAGGUACAGCCUUCCACCUGCUUCUGCCCCCCUUCUGUGAACGUGACCGAUUUUUCAACUUGUAAAGGCAAAGGAAAAAAACUUUUAUAAAACAUUUGCAAUGAUUUUACUCUUUUGUAUAUUGUAGGCUAUGCAGUUUUGCAGCACAACAGG